AUGGACCGAAUCGCCAGAAAUUGCCUUCGUCCGAUUAAGGAACAUCUCCACACCGUGCCACGACUUGUUAGUCCUCUUCAAGAAGAAAUUUUGUACGUAUAUUUGGCCAUCUCUAAGUGGUCCUUGAGAGUUGUGCUGUUGACGGAGAGGGGGGGAGUGCAACUCCCCGUCUACUUUGUAAGCCAUGUCCUGCAAAAUACAGAAUCAAGAUAUCCUCCAAUAGAGAAAUUUGCACUUGCACUUUUCAUGGCAAGUAAGAAGCUGCGUCCUUACUUCAUGGCAUACAAAUUGGUGGUAUACAUAGACCAGCCUCUGAAACAGCCGCUCACUAAAUUAUACGCUGCAGGGCGCAUGCUCCAAUGGGCAAUUGAGCUGAAUGCAUUUGAUAUCUCGUAUGAACCUCGAAAAGCUAUCAAGGGGCAAGAAUUUGCUAAUUACAUUGCAGAAAUGACGAGGCCGAUCUUUGAAAAGAAUGAGUUGACUCGUUGGACGGUGUAUGUUGAUGGGUCGUCCACUCAGAAUGGGUGUGGAGGCGGAAUAAUAUGUCAAUCUCCUGAAGGAGACAAGUACGAAUGCGCCAUGCGAUUCAACUUCCAAACAUCCAACAACGUGACUGAAUAUGAAUCCCUGCUAGCCGGCAUUAAAAUAUGUAAGGCUGCCGAAGCCCAAAAAAUACUGGCUUUGUCGAACUCACAGCUCAUUGUAAGCCAAGUAAAUGGAGACUAUGAGGCAAGGGACCCCAAUAUGAUUAAAUACAUGCAAGCUAUGCGUCAAGAAAUAGAACAUUUGAAGAGUUUCGAGGCUAAGCAGAUUCCCAGAACAGAGAACAAUCAGGCCGACACCCUGUCAAAGCUAGCCGAUUCAGCCUCUUGUGACACUCCACGUCAUGUGUUUUGGGAAGUGAAAGAAAAAAGAAGCAUUCAACAGGAGCUCUGCGCUCCCGUCCUAGCCAUUCCCGAUCGAUCUUCGACUUGGAUGGACGCUAUCAUUGCUUAUAAGAUAGACGGCACGCUUCCAAACGACUCCAGUCUAGCAGCCAAAAUCAAGAAGAAAAUCUCUUGGUUUGAAUGGUGGAAUGGAGUUCUGUAUAAGAAAUCGUUCUCCCGACCUCUUUUACGAUGUGUCACUCCUGAGAAAGGGAAGGGAAUUCUGGACGACCUGCAUCAGGGGCUAUGUAGCUCACAUAUAGGAGGACGAGCCCUAGCUGAGAAAGCCCUAAGAACUGGUUAUUACUGGCCCACUCUGAGAGAAGACGCCCUGUCCAUGGUUCAGAAAUGCGACAAGUGCCAACGAUUUGCUCACCUCAUUCACAGGCCGGCUCACCCACUCACUCCCAUUUUGAGCCCCGUUCCAUUUGCUAAAUGGGGGAUGAACCUGUUAGGACCAUACACUGCAGCCCCUGGAGGUCGGCGUUAUGUGAUCGUAGUUGUUGACUACUUCACCAAGUGGGUAGAGGCGGAAGCACUCAAGAAUAUAAGAACUUGUGAUGUAAGUGACACAGAAAUUGAGCCUGAAGUCAACAAUGAUGAGGUAAACAGUGUGUUACAGUAA